AGCGUGGAGUCGCUGCCGUCGCUGCUGUGCGCGCACCCGAACCGGCGGCUACGUGUGACGUUGCCGCUGCGAGCCGCCGCCGAGUAUUGACCGCGCCAAGCCCAGACCGUCAGCUCUGCAUCGGGCUGGUAGUCCGCGCGCCCCUGUGUGUCUGUUGUGCCGAGGAUUCAGAGCGGCUCGGGAGAUCUCGCGGUGCUUCUGUCUCAUUUCUAGUUACAAGAACGGAUACUUUCAGUGGCGCCGAUCGACUUUCCGAGCAAGCGGCAGCCACGUUGCGUGUUGUUUCGGUGAAGGAUUUGCCAUUCCACACUCGCGUCACAAGACGGGGCACCUCGUCUCGAAGCGGUCCUGCCUGCGACAUACCACCUCACGCGCCGUGCAGAACGCCGCUUUCUGUUCAGCGCCUUGCUACUUCCGCCAAGCCAGGAUUUGUCAAGCCAGCAUCGCAGCAAGUGGCUUCACCUCACAGCCAAGGCGUCCGUAACGACGCCUCCGGCAGGCUACCGCUCCUGGCCGCCGUGUCUUGUUGCGGCCCGGUAACAACAAAGCGAUGCCUUGUUCUCGCGCCAGUUUGCAUUCGGAAAGCGUGAACUGACGGUGGCUGGGGAGUUACGCGGGCAACGAUCUGCAGCGGUAACUGUUUUUCAAAGGGGAUCUGCGGUUCUCGUCCCUUUGUUCGUGGUGCCCGUUCGGCUGCUACCGCGCGCUGUUAGUGGGAUUGAGAGUCGGCGUGGUGUUCUGCUGGCUUCGUCGCAGGGAUUUUGUGAGAUUUCGCCGCGUCUUUCUGGAUUGCACACCCAUGUUUUGUGGAUACGACGUGUUCGCUCCCGGAUACAUCUCUCUGCGCUGCAGGCGGCAAUUCUCCGACUUCGGCGUCUGAUGGAUAUACGCUAGGAAGCCGGAGCCCUCUCGGACCAGGCGGGUCCUGGCAGCAUGUCGUUCGAGUCCCCGCGGUUCCCGGAGCCCCCGGACGAAGGCGGAGGCCUGGGCGACUCCGCUACCGACGACGACGAAGACCCUCUAGCCUCGUCCGAUUGCGGGGCCGACGUCGGACCCGGCUGCUUCCCGCGGCCCCCGGAGUUCGGCGUGCCGCCGCCCCCGCUGCCGCCGGGCCUGUGCUCGUCGGUGGCCUCCGGCCGGCGCGCGGGCGCCUCUUCGUCCCCGGCCGACGAGCUGCAGUUCUGCGAGGUUCGGCCCGUGGGCGCCGAGCUGACCACGCCCUCGGCCUUCCCCUCGCUGCCCGUGAUCGCCGUCUGCUCCUCGGUCGUCCUCGUCGCCGUCCUCGUCGCUUCGUUCCUCCUCUGGAAACACAAGAAGAAGGUGCAGAACUUCCUGCCCUGCAAGAGCCCCCACCAGGGCGUGCCGUGCGACCUGAGUGCGGCCAAUGGCGCGGCCUACAGCGACAUCCUGCUCAACCACCACCACCCGACCAGGCUGCCCGCACACCUCGUGCACGGAACCGACACGCACACGCUCACGCCUAUCGAGUUGCUGGACGUCAAGUACGGCAGCUACGGCGCCCCGCACCUCGCCCCGCUGACGCAGACCAACUACACGUUCCGGCCGGCCAGCCUGCGGCCGCAGGACCACCCGCAGCCGCACCGCACGCCGCAGCACGCCACCUUGCACGGACACCACGCAGGGUCGACGGGUAGCGGCCGCCGGUCAGCGCCGGGCACGUCUCAGCGCUCGUCGCACAAGGCACCCAACAGCCGCACGGGCACGACGUCGUCGCGUCGCUCGCACCGCGGGGCGAACAGCGAGCAGUUCAACCCCAUCUACGAGGAGGUGUCGGGUCGCUCCAAGUCCAGGAGGGGGGGCUACCGUCACCACGACAGCGAGGACAGCGAAGAGGACGAAGCGAGGAGCCUUGGCAGCGAGGACGAGUUCGCCGAGGACGAGCUCAGCUUGGGCGAGUACCCGAGGCCGCCCGAGUCGGCCAGCAGCAGCCUGCAGGGCUCCACGGGUGGUGACCUGUGCCCGCCGGACGCCGAGCCGAGGGCCAGCAGCAACCGGCGGCUGAGGGGCGCAGCCAAGCACAGCCACUCGCUGGAGCGAAACCGCAACAAUGCGAGCGGACUGCAGGCGAAGCACAACUACUACCUGAGCAAGUCGGCGCUGGCCUUUGACCAGCGCAACCCGGGGCCGUACAGCUCGGUGGAUUUGAUGCAACACCCGCACCAGGACAGCUCGCCUCCCGAGCCGGCUCCCGGUGCCAUCGCCAACUCCAGCUUCGGCCUGCCACCGCCUGCAGCGUCGCAGGCAGGGUUUAUGAUGGGGCCCGACUGCCAGUACCCGGCGGCGCCCAACGCGCCCUUCUCGACGUUCCUUCUGCAGCCGUGCGGCGCCGUCCAGGGGGACAACGCGGCCGAAGGAGACGCCGAGAACAUCUACGCGUCCAUCGACGAUGACGACGCCACGGCGACGGGACCGUACACCAUCGGCGGUGGGGCCAGGGCGGCUGCUGGCGCGAAGCCCGGACCAGGUGCGCGGACAGUGGCAGCAUCGGCCAAGGAGGCUUCGGUGGUUCCGUCAUACGGUGACAUUAGGCCCGUGUUUCCGACUGACCAGAGUGGCCGGACUCUGUGCACGUGAUUUGCGCGUCGUCAAAAUGUGCGUGCUCGACCACCUGCGUACCAAGACGCUUCCGUUGACAUUGUAGGCGAAGCGGGGGGGGCUUGCUUCCUUCGAGCCCGGGGGCGUGCUCGCGGAAUGGGUGCGCUUCAUCUAGCCACCGUGUUUCCUUUUUACUUGUUUGUUCUCCUGGCCAAGCAUAAGCUACGUGAUGUUUACACAACGGGCAAGUUAGUCCCCCCCCCCCUCCCUUUUUUUUUAAAAUCAUUAGCGUUAUGUGCCAGUCUGUGCAUAGGCAGGCAAUACACCGUUCUAUCACCUCAUUUGUCGAUUUAAACGCCCCGCAAACAAGUCCACUUGUCCUCGAAGCAUCGAAAGCGGUACCAUCCUAGUCGUCGAACUGUUUCUCCGAACGAGAGAGUCGUCUUUCGAUUUUUCCCCUCCACCUGCCUUCUUCUCAUCGAACGCCACGUGCCGGCGUAGCCCUUCCGAGUCAAGCCGGCGAGACGUGCACGCUCUGCGCAGGGCAGCUUCUUCGCAAUAAUCACUCCCUCGAGCGAAGCACGGACGCUACGCAAUAUGCGCACUCUCCGUCGAUGUUGAGGGGGCGCCUCCUCCGCGUCUGUCCCAGCCCCACGGUAGCGCGGCCUUUAGCCGUGCAGUCUUAGGACGAGCUGUCGGUGCAAACUCCUUCUCACGAUUGUGACCAAGUCUUGCACCUUCGGCGUACUCUAGUAGUAGUAACGUAUUCAGAUAAUUUAAAUAUCUUACAGAAACUAUGCAGCGAAUGAGUGUGCGUGUAUACGGUUGUGUUGCACCUUAGGGAGUUGCAAGCAGGGGUGUCGCUCCUGUCAAAAGGUUCGUUCGGAAGGCGUCUUCGUUCCGCAACUUCUGCCUUGCAAGUUUGCCUUGCAAGCGACGUUCACUGAACCGAGGGAGCUAACAAUAGCGGCAGAGAGCGCUCUGUCGAGCACAGAUGGGAGCAUAUCAACGUUUUUAAGUUUCUUUUUUUUUAUAUUCCAUAUUGCGUCACGAUGGGCGCAUGCUGAUUCCCUAGAAGCAUUGCAGAGAGUUGAUGCGUAAGGUCUGACUUGCUGUCAUCACGAAGAAUGUCGGAGCUAAUCCGCGAGUGAAGUGAUCUUUCGCCGGACCCUUUUGCAGGGCUCCUGUAAAACGCUUGGCGCUCCACUGCGCACAAUAUUGAAGUCAAUUUUGCCCAGAUUCCGGCCCCCUGAAUGCAUUUGAUUCUGUUGCGACGAAAUUUCUGGGCAUGGCGCCGACGACUGAUUGAGCAUCUUCUAAGCAUUUGGCAUAAUGUGUGCCAAAAAGCUACGCUGCGUGAAUUUGUUUGCUUGCUUCAACGUGAUAGGAUCCCAAAACGUUUACGGCCACGCGCAAUAGGUGCGUUGGCGCCACAUUGUUUUUCAUUUCAACCGUGCGCAAGUGCUCACUCUUGCAGAGCCACGACGCAGCCACUUGGAGCUACGUAUUUAGUGUUGGAAAUCCUAGUUGGCGAAAUGUCCACACGUUAGCGGAUAUACCCGAAUCAUUAGAUGGAAUGUUUAUUGUAACUUUCAGGUGCUAUGGUGUUUUGCUGACUGCACGUAUGUACCGAAGGCUGCUGUGAACCUCUUGCUAGUUUACCAGACGUCAGUACUUCCGUGGCCAAUUACCGGUUUUGGUAAAAUAUUUCAAGCUGGCUUCUAACCAAUCGCAUACCGCGGGCAGUCACUAUAGCUCAUAGCCAACGAACUUGGCUGCUGGUUGAAAGUAAAGGGUCCUUCUUAAAAUGGCCGGCUGGCUCUUGAGAAGUACUGCGAGCCCAUUGCUGAACCCCACCCCCUCUUUGCCGACGCAGCCCAGCGUGUUCCAAAUUGAGCGGCGUUGGUGUGCCCCCCUCGAGUGCUCCGCAGUGAGCGCAGUCGACGCAGUUAAUGUUUCUAUCGUGGCGGGGAAUGACCUAUUGCCUGUUUAGUAUGCAAGAUGUGCGUUAACGACCCCAAGGAACCGGCGGAGGAUGCGAUGGAAAUGGGUUAAGCGCACUCUUCGCCGGGCUGCUGUUCUCGUCUGCAGUAACGAGGCCCGUACGUGACGCUUAAUUGCUUCUCGCCGUAUUUCUUCCCGCGUUCCUCUCUGCUGGGAGAGGUUGAAGCAACCCUUGUGAUACUGUCGACAACCUUCGCUUGCGCGAGGGUCUCGCACGCCAUUGCCGAAACCUGUGUUGUGGUUGGAUCUUGCGUCUUUGCUCGCCUCGUUAUAAAAUCACAUUACGGCGAGCUAAUCAGGAGCUCUCGAGAAAGAAGUACGCGGACUUGCUUGUCCCACAUCUCCUUAAAACACAUUUCUACUUUCCAGUGUCGCGUGACAAGAAAGCUUACUGAAUAUAUCUCAAGGUGGGUCAGCGAGGUUUGCCGCCAUUUUGAAAUUUCUACUCGACAGUCAUUGUUGUCGAUAGUUAACAAGUGGUAUCAUGUCUUUUCGGUCUUGUGGCAAAACUCGUCCGUUCGCGCAUUUUCUCGUUGCACAAAUACAACGACAACGUGUUGUUUUCAGUAAUGAGUAUAUCCGUGCCCGCAAUAUGUGUAAAGAGCUGAACAAAAGAAACAGAGCAAAGCAGAGGCGUGUUCGACCCGGAGGAAACCCUUGCAGUUUUGUAGUGCUCAAGUGUGGAUGAAUGUGAGUGGCCAGACACCUCGUCACAGCAGUCGUGCUCGCGGUGUUAGCUUAGAUCCAAUUGCGUCACGAGUGCGUGCGCGUCGGCUUACGAGUCGACAAGUCUCUGUUAAUUCCAGCUCUCGCAUGUCUUGCCAAGCCGCGUGCGUAUUGUAGGUCUGUUUUAUAUUUCGAGUAUUUAAAUCUGUCUGUGGCCCCAUGUUUGUUUACGACUGUAAGAGUGAGCAAUUUUUCCGGCACAUGAGCAAAACCAUAGUGCGGUUCAAAUGUUCGCUUUCUACCUGCCGCAGACAGGUUUUUAGAAAAAUGUCCAGUAUAUUUAUUCAGAAUAUGAUUUGACGACGUUGGACGGUCCCGCGUGACGUGGUCGUGUGAUCUCAAUGCGUGCCAUUGCCGGUCUGUCCGCCGUAACGUGAGAGACGGCUGCCCUAACAACAGGUCUUAAGCGUUUGAUUUAUGACGUCGUCGGAGCGUAAGAGUAACGCGCCGUAAAAAAGCGCAUCUGACUUUUUUUGCGCGCAACACUUUCUUCAGUUCUUUCAUUAAGAUCUCUAUUGCUGCAGAACAAAAGUUGGGCUCGUUUAUGUGCAUCCGUCUAGCAGCGGCACGAUCAAUAAACGUGCGUCAUUUAUGGCACUUGCCUUUUCGAAGGUUCUCUAAAUUUGUCGCCGCAAUACUACUUCGGUCUGAGACUAGCGGUGCGCUUGCCGCUUUCAUCUCCAUGAGCGGUCAUAGCUUUAGGCAUUUGUGACCCGUGUCCCGGGAAGAUCGUGCAAGCUGAGCCGGAGCCAAGGGCUUGCGUACAGCUGUUCUCUCAGUGAGGCGAACCAUUUAUCACGGAGCAAUACCGACCGCUAUGUUUCAAAGUAGGCGUAUCUUUUAUUUUGCGUAAAAGUCUUAAAAUAUCCUCUAAGGAAGCGUUCGGGGAAACAAAAACAAGAAAGCCUUGGGGGCUCGGUUUUGCUUAUGACCGAAAGAGAAACGUAGCACACGGCAAAUAUGGGAACUUCCUGGCGUGCGUGUUGUUCCCGAUAUUGCCUUCGUUUGCGAACUACAAGGGCGCGUUCACUUCUACACUGCACACGCGUCGCGAACGCGCUAACUGCAAGAUAUGUCAUAGUAACGGCGGCACGAAGGCUCUAGUCAUUAGUUGAAUUCUUUUUGUCUUAGCGCCUCCGUUUCGAAGCUGUGGCAUUACGUUGCGCUCAGUGGUUGACCCAAGGCGCUGUUGGGGCGAGGUGUGUCGCGCUCAGACUUGAGCUGCUGCCGCCGCGCAUGUGCUGCGGUCGCACGAAUCAAACUUCCGCGCCGGGAAGGUUUACACUAUUCUUUAAAAAAAAAAGGAAAAACGUUAUUGUCCCGCACCGCGUUUCAUUCGCGGUGCAUGAAAACACCAGGAUGCCCUACCGAUGUUUGGAGCAGCUUUAUUGGUCCACCGACGAAGUUCUGUGGAGUGCUUCGGCGCGGGCCUGUGCUGGUUUGUUGGUGUGAAACUUGACGUCUGCGACAACUGUAAACUAUUAGAAGACUGCCGCGCAACGUAAAGCCACGUAUUUUUUUUUAACAUGAUUUACUCGGAGCUUCCGGUUACUGCGGCACGACGUGACCUCGACGCGAACGCUGUCUGCGCCACGCAGCGCGUAUGAGGAAGACGCACGAGACGGAACCAGCUACUUUAUUUAUUAUGACGAUAAGGACCGGCCAACUGGACGAUUUCGAAUGUGUGUAGCGUGGAAUUCCUUGUGUUGCUUCUCGUUCAGUCAUUGCUCGGAACCGACUCUCGGCGCUGUGCGUUGUGUCCUCGGCCUUGGCCGACGUUCGUGAAGCCAUUCAUGGGCAAGAGCUGAUCAUAAGCACGGGAGCAGGCCUGUCUCAUGACGCCUGGUCACGUCACAGUUCUCGCUGUCUGAAAGGUUCACGAACCUGGCUGCUCCAGUGGUAUGCGGGUCGCAUUCUGAGAUGUCGACUUCCUGCGACGUUGCAGUGGGCCCGGUGUCUUUCUAAUAUGAUGUGACCAAUACUGAUCCGCCUAUAGCUCCACUGAGUACCGAAACCUGGGAACACGUAGAGUUGAUGCGGUGGCAAAUGAAUGUCGGUGUUCUCGUGGUCGAAAGAGAUCGCGAGAGCAGACAUAACAGCAUCUCACGCUAUGCAGCGCUAUCCCACUUCGUGACAACGGAGCUCUGUAAACCCAACGGGCUUGCACGGCCUCCCAUGUAGCCGCGCGCCGUUGUCGCUUCGAGGGGCGGGGUUUUUUUGGAAGCCCUGCCUCUGGCGCACUGCGAAGGUCAUCGCUUGCGGAGCAAGUUGCUGCAUGAAUGUGGCCCAUUGCGCGAAAAGAUCUGGCGUCAAAUUUGUGGCUUCUCAAGAGCGCGCUUUGAAAUUCUCCGCCGUUAUGAUCGGCUUAUACCGAGGCGACAGUGAGCGCCAGCGGGCGCCUGCAUUCCCCCCCGCCCAGAACCAAUCUGUUGGUGGAAAUGUAUAUGCUUCGUUCUGUGCAUGGCAGUCGACGCUCUGGAGGCUAGAGAGACUUCUUGCAGCGGCUUCAUUCGCACUCGGAUAUAGUUCCAUGUCAUUGGACCGCAAUUGUGCGCAACUGUUUUUUUUUUAUGUAGGCUCGCUAUUGAAUGAAAAAAAGAUUAAUUCCUUAAAAACAAACACACUGUGGUAUACGGCUGCUAAGGCCUCGUUCUAUAUAACUUUUUUUGUUGUUGUUGUUCCUUUCGUCCUUUUCUAAACCCAUCGCGAGGAGCCUCACGUCCAUGCUCGCGCGACCGAACGCUGUUACAGGGCGCAGCGAAGCACAGAUGGAACGCGCGGAGUGACAUAACUUGACCGAACUUCUCGCGUAGCUUCCACAGCGUUGACUGCUAUGUAUGGAACAGAGUAUGGUGGACGUCCGUGUGACGUGCUUGUCCAUUGUGUUGAAAAUAUGGGUAGAAACGCCACAGUAUCAAAAUAUCACCUCGUUGCGGCAUCGCGCCGGAUGUAACUUAAUAUGAAAUUUAGAGCAUCGCCGGAAGUCCUCAUUACAGAAUGCGAACCCUGUUAUAUCUUAGUAGAAGAAAGCGCCAACGAUAUAUUCUGGCUUUUACGUUGUUUCGCUCAUCUAUAUGGUUUCAUGCAUCUUGAUUUACCUCCCAACCUUCAAGUGUUCUGGUUGACGUGCCAUCUGUGUUGCUUUGACGUUUUGUGUAUAAUUUUAUUGACACUUGAACUGUGGACGCCGUAGAUGCUACUUGGUUUAUUUUGUGUUUCUUCGAGAGCGAGCGAGUGAUUUGUGAGAGUGUACACCUUCCGUGGGUGAUGUGCGUGUGCUGAGUGGCUGCUUGUGCGCGUGCCUGAAUCCCUUUUCGGAAGCGGCUGAGUGGAUGGCGAAGACCACGACGAAUGAAAAAAGGACAAACAAAAAUGAAAGAUGUCACGCUCUGUGUUGUUUCUCAUUUCGGUAUCCUUACCUCAACUUUUUCUUGUUUCAAGUGACCACGUUUCCCUUCGUUCUUCUGUACAUAUGCGUGACAGCGCUGGAUUAUGAGACGAAAAUAUUAAAGAAAAAACGUCAUCUCAA